UACGAUGUCAUUACUCAUUUUCUGCAGGACAUUAAUGUUAUUAACUUCCGAUUGAGAGCUUCAGUUCCUGUCAGCCGUCAACAUGUAUGCUGCAAAAGUGAGGAAAGUUACAAAGAAGCCAAAUAAAUGCGAAUCCUGUUUGAAGGAGAUCAGCAUUUAUAAAUGUCCCAAGUGUUUGAUCAGAUAUUGUUCCCUGAACUGUUAUAAGAUUCACUUCUCUCUGCCAGAAUCCUGUGCUUCAAAAUCUAAGGAGAAUUCUGCUGUGACUUCACAAGAAAAUGGACAAAAUGGGAUUAAAGAAUCUGAAGAUAACCACAAUACAACUAAAAAAAGUGAAGAGAUCCAGACGACUGCUAAAGAGCCUGAAGACUUCCAGACGACUGCUAAAGAGCCUGAAGACUUCCAGACGACUGCUAAAGAGUCUGAAGACUUCCAGACGACUGCUAAAGAGCCUGAAGACUUCCAGACGACUGCUAAAGAGAUUGAAGACUCCCCAAUGACUGCUAAAGAAUUUGAGGACAGCCAGAUGACUGCUAAAGAAUCUGAACACGUUCAGAUAACUGUUAAUGAAUCUGAAGACAUUCUGAUGAAUGCCAAAGAAUCUGAACACGUUCAGAUAACUGUUAAUGAAUCUGAAGGCAUUCUAAUGAAUGCCAAAGAAUCUGAACACGUUCAGAUAACUGUUAAUGAAUCUGAAGGCAUUCUGAUGAAUGCCAAAGAAUCUGAACACAUUCAGAUAACUGUUAAUGAAUCUGAACACGUUCAGAUAACUGUUAAUGAAUCUGAAGGCAUUCUGAUGAAUGCCAAAGAAUCUGAACACGUUCAGAUAACUGUUAAUGAAUCUGAAGGCAUUCUGAUGAAUGCCAAAGAAUCUGAAAAUGGUAUUGUGAAUGAUAGUGUAUCUGAAGCUGGAGAAAUGGAUAUUAGUAAGAAGACAAAUGGUAAUAUUGCUGAAGACAUUGAAAGGAAUGAUUGUUUACUGGUAGAGGAUAUCCAGGAGAAUGUUAAUUUGAAGGGUAAUGGAGAAAUGAAUGUUAAUAAAGCUGAUGACAUAGAAAUGAAUGUUAAAGAAUGUGAAAAUGAGAAAAUAAAUUGUAAUGUGGUUGAUGAUGGACAAAUGAAUGUCAGUACAACUGACUGUGGGUUAAUGAAUGUUAAAAGCUUGGAAGAUGGGAAAGUGGAUGUUAAUGAAUGUAAAAAUAGAACCAAAACGAAUGUUAGUUUACUGGAAAAUGAGGAAAGAAAUAACGACAGUCUUACUGAAGAGAAGGGGGUGUCAGCGGAUGUUAAAUUGAAUGCAGACGAACAGCAAAAGGUUGUUAGUUUAUCUGAUGAAGGAGAAAUAAAUUCUAAUGAAGUUCAACAAAGAAAGACUGUUAUAGAUAGAGAUGAUCAAUUAGAUGUUAGUUUAGCUGAUGAUGACCGAUCGAACGUUAACUCCAGAAGAGAUGAUCCAGAUGAACAGAGCAGUAGAUAUAAUCCAACAGAUGUAGGAAUGACAGAAGAUCAAGUGUUACCAUCACAGCUCAAGAAAUUAGACACAUCUAAGAAACUACAUGAGCUUCUCAGCAACCGGCAUCUACGGGACAUGCUCAUUAGAUUAAACUCAUCAGAUAACAUAAGCCAUGCCAUUGAAGCAGCCAUGCAGGAACCCAUAUUUAGUGAAUAUGCUUCUGUGUGUUUGGAAGUUAUAGGAGAUAACAACACCAGCACUGAAGACAUGUUUCCUGAUAGAUAAUUAGUUGGAAUUAUAUUUUUUUAUCCUGUGUAAAUAAAAUUAUGGAAUUCA